AUGGUGUUGGCAGUCGCGAUAGUUAUUCCGGCUCUCGAAGGUACGGGUCCCCAAGAUUGUACCAGCGAUGUUCAAAUUCUCUGGCAAGAAAUAAAGGAGCUGGGUCAGCGUCUUGGAGAUGUUGUGGAGAGGGAGUUAGAUGCAGAGGUGGAAAACGAGGAUAAGCAUAGUGACAACGCUAGCAGGAGCACGAUAAGACCUCAAAGAAUAGGAACGUUCCUUUUGGGCUUUGGAUCCUGGGCAAUUUCUCCCAUGCAAGGUCUUAUGCUCUAUUUAAGGAAUAUGCUAGCAUUUUCCUGA